GCCUGCCCCUUAGAACCCUGCUGGACUUGGACCUCUGGACUGAGAUGCGAUAAGCUCCUUCAGGGGCUGCUGCUUCCUUGUUUGUGGCUCUGUUUUCCACUGGCUGUUGGACCUAUCUAGGCGGGUACUGUUACAGGUGAGAGAGGUGGGGCCACAUUAACCUCAAGGGAAAUGUAGGCUGGCCCUAAGCAACCUGGUCUGGGGCUGAAGAGCUGUUGUGAGGGGGGUGGUUACAGCACGGCAUUCCGGUGAGUCGCGGGUGUGGACCACCCUGUUUUCCCCAGGAUGCGAUCCUAGCAGGGCACCCCGGGGCCAGGCACUCAGUGCUGGGAAGGGCAGAAGUGGGGUCCUAGCAGGGCACCCCGGGGCCAGGCACUCGGUAGUGCUGGGACGGGGAGGGCAGAAUUGCGGACAAACACUCCGGAAGGGCCGGCCGGGCGAGGAUGUACGCGGCGCACUGCUCUGCUUCCGCCCUCAGUGGCAUGAUGGGAAGGGGGCGGGGCUGUGGCCGGCCAUGGAGCCGAGCUCCGCUGUGAGGUGGGUUAGGCGGGUUAGCUGUCUCGGGCGGCGGCUGCACCUGCUCCACCUGCCGCCCGCACCCCGCGAUGUGCCGGGGGCCCCUCGCCGUCCCGUCCCGGCCGCGGCCGCAAGCCGGUUAGGCCCAGCCCCGCGCACCAACCGCCCGGUUCCUGCAGGCCUCGGCGGCUCGCCAUGCCCCUCAGCCUGUUCCGGCGCGUCCUGCUGGCCGUGCUGCUGCUGGUGGUCGUCUGGACCCUCUUCGGGCCCUCUGGCCUUGGGGAGGAGCUGCUCAGCCUCUCGCUGGCUUCCCUGCUGCCCGCCCCCGCCUCGCCCGGGCCGCCGCUGGCGCUGCCCCGCCUCCUGAUCCCCAACCCCGGGGCCUGCGGGGGCCCCGGCCCGCCGCCCUUCCUGCUCAUCCUGGUGUCCACGGCCCCGGAGCAUCUGAGCCAGAGGACCGCCAUCCGCGGGUCGUGGGGCGCCAUCCGCGAGACCCGCGGCCUCCGGGUACGCACGCUCUUCCUGCUGGGCGAGCCCGCGGCGCAGCGCCCGGACCUGGGCUCGGAGGCGGCGGCGCACGGGGACAUCUUGCAGGCGUCCUUCCAGGACUCGUACCGCAACCUCACCCUCAAGACCCUCAGCGGGCUCAGCUGGGUGGACAAGUACUGCCCCAGGGCCAGCUACGUGCUCAAGACGGACGACGACGUGUUCGUCAACGUCCCAGAGCUGGUGUCGGAGUUGGUGCUGAGAGGGGGACCCUCGGAGCGAUGGCGGAAGGGCGGGGUCCCCCAGCGAGGGGCCGCAGGCGCCGGCGAGGACGUGCCACUCCUGUACCUGGGCCGAGUGCACUGGAGGGUGACCCCCUCCCGGACCCCAGGGGGGCGGCACCAGGUGUCAGAAGAAUUGUGGCCGGAGACCUGGGGUCCCUUCCCCCCCUAUGCGUCGGGCACGGGGUACGUGCUGUCUGCCUCUGCUGUGCAGCUCAUCCUCAGGGUGGCCAGUCGGGCACCCCCUCUGCCACUAGAAGACGUCUUUGUGGGAGUUAGUGCCCGUCGAGGCGGCCUGGCCCCCACACACUGUGUCAAGUUGGCUGGUGCCACCCACUACCCCCUGGACCGGUGCUGCUAUGGGAAAUUCCUGCUGACAUCCCACAGGGUGGAUCCCUUGAAGAUGGAGCAAGUCUGGAAGCUGGUGAAUGGGCUGAAGGCUGAGAGGACUGCGCCCUUCUGUUCCUGGCUCCAGGGAUUCCUGGGCAUCUUGCGGUGCCGGUUCAUAGCUUGGCUCAGUGGCUGAGGGCCUGGGUCCCCAAGAGAGGAUCGAGGUGCCUGUUCAGGGGACACCCUGGGACGUCUCCCUCAGGCCCAGUGCACAGGCUGUGUCCUCUCUUGCACCAGGCAGGAUAGAGACACUGGGGCCUGGCCUGCAAGCUCCAACGAGAGGGGGAACAAAAUAGGGUCAAACCAUUCUCACCAGCAAGACAGGGCAGAGGCAGGAGCCCCCUCAAUAAACUUGUCUCUUGCCCUCAAGUGCAGUGUCUUCACCAGGCAGGCGUCCAGACUGCCCAGAGGGUCCCAUACUGCCGGACAGCAGGACACCUUGGGAACACAGGAAGGACAGCCUCUCAGGGAAAAGGUCCCCACAGUAUGGCUACAGUCAGGUCAACAU